AGAACUCAACUCAGAUCGCAAAACUUUCUCGACACACCGACCUCACUCUACGCCACAGCUGAGCUACACGAGCUGCCUGUCAUGGCGCCGAGGCUGGAGCGCGGGUUUCAGUUCCUCAACUCCGAGCAAGAGAACUCUCUCAUCCUCCGCGCCCUCAUCUCCGUCGUCUCCGGGGACACCGCCGCCGUCGUCCCCACGCUGCUGCACCUCGAGCAGUCCACGCCGCCCAGGUUAGCUGCUCCCGCCGCUCCCGCGUGCGCUAGGUGCAGCGUCGACGGGUGCCUCGGCUGCGACCUCGCCACCGCCGUGGCGGCGACGACCGGCUCGAGCAGCGAGGGCGAAGAGUGCUCUGCCGCGAGCUUCGUGAAGAAUGGCGGCGUGGCCAAGCGUCGUGCGAGGAGGCCGGGGAGCAAGUUCCGCGGCGUGCGGCAGCGGCCGUGGGGCAAGUGGGCGGCGGAGAUCCGCGACCCGCACCGCGCCGUCCGCAAGUGGCUCGGCACCUUCGACACCGCCGCCGAGGCCGCGCACGCCUACGACGUCGCCGCGCUCGAGUUCCGCGGCAGCCGCGCCAAGCUCAACUUCCCGGCAGCCGCCGCCGCGUCGUUGUCGGCGUCCGCCUCCGUUUCUUCAUGGGCAACCAUGCAGCCGCAGCCGCAGCCGCGGCGCUUGCCGGAGAGCCAUCAUGAAAACUGCGGUUCAAAUGCGUCGUCUCCCGCGCACGUACCGCGGCUGCCGGAGCAGGGGACGCCGGUGUCGAGGGAGCAGGAGAUUUGGGAUGGGCUACACGAGAUCAUGAUGCUGGACAGUGCCAGCUUCUGAGCUACGAACCUCCAUCAGUCUAACACAACAUCAGCAAUACAACUUGGUGGCAUGGAACCAAGGACAGAAGGAUCAGUGUGACUGGGAGUAUAUCAAGGAAUUUGAGGUAGAAGAACAACAAGAAGAUAGGAACAGAAGGAAGCCAGCCGCCGUUCCAUUCGUGAUCUUUCUAGAUAGUUGAUUCGUUGCUUCCGUUCGCCUUUUCCCGCAAGCAAACGACUGAUUCGAUUUAGAUCAAAGAGACAGUCAGACAGAGACAUAUACGAUUGAAAUCAAUCUGAAGUGCACGUACAUCAGAGAACUUCAAACUCGUCUGUAUGCCACGGACGACCAACGAGACCAUGCUCCUCGCAAGUUCUUUUUCCUACUCCAUCCGAUUUAUAUUAUUUAUUGCUGAUAUAAAUAUAUCUAGAAGUGACCAUUUAUAUGAAUCGAAGGAAGUAUUAGUUUGUUUUCGCUACGGUCCCUUUUUUCCCCUCUUUAUCCAGUUUGAGAUACCCAUGUAAAUAACGUUGUUUUUAUCUAAUGGAAUAGGGGAGCACA